UGAGAGAACAAGGCCGUCCUAAAAGGGUUUUAACCCUUUUCCCUUUGUCUCCCCCACAACUAAGCAGCUGCUUCUUCACCCCCUCCCACUCCAACCACACCUCCCCGGCCCCAGCCCGACGAUUGAGCUCCCCAACUCUAGCCCCGGGGCAGGCAGCCAUGGCAAGGAAGAGAGGCGGCGGCGGCGGCGGUAACGGGCGCCGUGGCUGUGACAAGUAAAGCGCCCGCAACGGCCAAGCAGUCUGGGGGGCGCAGCCGGGGGCGUAGCUGUUUUGUUCCAGAGCUCCAUGCACCGUGGCGGAGACGCGGCGCCAAGAAGGCAGGGUUACAAACCCAGCCCGUCACCCCGCGCCUGGCUGCAAACGGAGAUUUCCCAAUCCUUGGCACCCUCCAGAUGGAUAGAUGUCAACUCUCCAAAAUCUCAGCAAUCACCACACUUCUGCGAGUUGAGGUCCACAUAUCUGGAAGGUCCCCAGGCUGGGGAAAGCUGCUGGAGCUGAUUAUCUAUUCUGUCUCACUUGAAGUUUAAUUGGAAGCAGCUUCAGGGGAACCACAUAUAAUUCAGUGUCGAUCACCUGAAAUGGAGACAUUUUCAUGUUAUUGGUAUACAGAUGAUUUUCCUCGUGAAUUGGAAUCAGGGAAAAUUCAACUGCUGUAUUCCAUAAGGUCGAGCGAGGUGGAAGAAUGGAAAGACUGUCCUGAUUAUACAACUUCUGGUGAAAACAGCUGUUACUUCAAUGCAUCCUUCACCUCCAUUUGGGUCCCUUACUCUGUUCGGCUUUACAUUGCAGAUCAAUUAUGCGAUGAAAAAGAAUUCCGGGUGGAGGAUAUAGUAAUUCCAGAUCCUCCAGUUGGGCUGAACUGGACAGUGCUAAACACCAGCCCAAGUGGUGUCUAUACUGAUGUUCAGGUUACGUGGAAGCCUCCACCCUCUGCAGAUGUUCAAAAUGGAUGGAUCAUACCUUUCUAUCAGCUUCAGUAUAAAGACGUCAAUGCAACAAAAUGGCAUGAGCUGGAUCCAAAACGUGCCACCGAAGUUCCAGUAUAUUCUUUAAAAACAUGCCAAGAUUAUGAGAUACGGGUUCGAGCAAAAGGAACACCUGAAGUUUAUGGCGAAUUCAGUGAUGUGCUAUAUGUAUCAUUUGAUUCAAAAGGACUGGUACCAUGUGAGGAAGAAUUCCAAAUUCCUUGGCCUUUGGUGAUGGCCUUUGGAAUACUUGGCCUAAUGGUGAUGCUGUCUCUAGUCUUCUUUUCUAAACAACAAAAGCUAAAAAUACUGAUAUUUCCUCCUGUUCCUGUGCCCAAAAUUAAAGGAAUUGAUCCAGACCUCCUAAAGCAAAUUGUGAAGCAAUCUUGCAACAUGAAGAAAAGCAGUGCGGUGAAUCUUGACAAACUUUUAGAGGACUUCUCACAUAUAGAAAUGAAAAUAUCAGAACUUCAUGGAAAAAAUCAUCUUCUGAAUCUUGAGUUGGACAAAACAAAUAAAUUGCUGACAAUGAGCCAGUCAAGGGAAGAAAUGGCUAAACAAGACUGUGCUACAUUCCAGAAUGUGAUUAAAGGUCUUCAACAAACUAUAGAGGACCAAUAUAACUUGAGAGACGAAAAUGAGCAUCUCAAAAACACAAUCCAGAUUUUAGAAGAGAAAUUGAAGACUCAUGAAAAGGAACAUGAAAAUAUGGUUGAUAAACUCAUUAUAGAAAUAAAAAGCAAGGAGAAGGAACACAACCACGAACAGAACAAACUUCACAGCAACAUGAACAAGCAACUUGAAAGCAAGAUGGAAGAGCAUAAGAAACUAAUGGAGAAGAAAGAUCUAGAGAUUUUAGAACUAACUAAACAACUGAAAGCUCAAGAAAAGGAAAAGCAGAAUGAGAUAAUCAAAUUACAAAUAGAGUGUAAUACUAAACUGGAAAGGCUGCAGACCAAAACACUGAAAGUACAGGCUAACCCCACAGGACUCCCUCAAAAUAUAUAUAGAAAGAAGCUCCAGCAUCUUCAAGAAGAAAAGAAUAAAGAAAUUGAAUUUCUUCGAAAUACUAUCAAAGGCUUAGAAGAAAAGCUCGACAAACGUAAACAUUGCUAUUUUAAACUGCAGCAAUUUUGAGAACAUGAAACCACAAGUUUUACUUUGGAGAAAGAACUGAAUGGGAGACACACAUUGAAUUCAAAGAUAUUUUCAUUUAUUAAAACAUAGUUUGUCCACCUGCAAGAUCUUCAGUUGUGUGUACUUAACUACUUUCCCUCUUGUAAGCAUUCACCAUAAAAUAAUUCAGGUUUUAUAGGGGUACGAUUUCCCUACCAAACCAUCAUGAACUAUGGCAAACACAAUCUAAAGAAUCCUCUGUUCAACAUUUUCUUCCUCUCUAGAACUUGCAAAAUUUCAGUUAAUUUCAGAAAUUUCAGAAACUAUACUAUUUUGCUACAUAAAGAUAGAUGUUAUAUAAACAUGCUUCAUUACUUACAAAAGAUUGUCCAAAUCACUGGUUAGCAGAAAUAAUGAUUAAGUGUAGGUCUCACAUUUUAUUACGAGAUACGUAUGCUUAUCCUUCAAUGAAAUUACUGUUUCAUCCCAUCUCAUCAGUCUCACUUCAUGUUUUUAAAGACUGUUAUCCCAAAUUCCAAAUGAACUAUGAUAGUGAACAGUCUCAGAAACACAUAAAUUGAUUUUAAUAGGUCUUGUUAUAGGACUCACACUUUAUAACAUAAAAUCUGAUGUUAAAGUAGUGAAUUUUGUAGACUUCUUGGUGAAAAUAUCUGGUUGGAAUACUACGCACAGAAUUCUAUACAAUUAUCUUAAAUGGCUUUAGAGUUUCAUAGAAGAACACUUUCACUUGGUCUUAACUUAUAAUUGUAAAACAUAGUUAGCAAAUCUUUUCUUAUCCUCUCCUGUUCUUAUUUGCUCCGUAUCAAGCAGAAGCCCCUAGGUCAUAGUUUUUGCUCCUGUUUUCAUGAAUGCAAACAGAAUGGUAGAAGAGGAAACCAAAAAGAAAAGCUAACAAACACCACAGACACUUGGAACUGGCAUUGAGAAACAACUCCAUACCAUUAUGGGAAAGUUUUGUUCUAACUGUUCAAGGCAAAGUCGGAUGACAAGGACUG